UUUUGUUUUGUUUUUUUCUUUCUAUCCUCCUCUCUUUCGCCGCGGAAUCGGUGUAGCAUCGGAAUCCGCAAUGGAAGAUGAAUAGCGUACUCCCUUCGUUCCGCUACUUACCUUCCACCUCCACCACCAACGCCACCGCCACACGUCCUACACCACAAUCCAAAGACAAUGAUAAUACCGACUUCUCCCUACUAUGGCAUUACCAAAUAUUGGACCCCGGCAGCGACAUUGUUUCCUAUUGGAACCAUGUGUUCUUGAUUGUUUGCAUUAUGGCGUUGUUCAUAGACCCUCUUUACUUCUUCCUCCCUUACGUGGGGGGACCUGCAUGCUUGGCCUCCGACUCCAGCAUGGGGGUCUUCAUCACUGUUUUAAGGUCUAUGGCCGAUCUUUUAUAUCUUUUCAACAUGGUCAUCAAGUUUAGGACGGGGUUCAUUGCCCCCAAUUCUAGGGUUUUCGGAAAGGGUGAGCUUGUUAUGGAUGCCAGGGAGAUUGCGAUACGGUACUUGAAGAAGGAUUUUAUCAUUGAUCUUGCAGCUACCUUACCACUACCUCAGUUUGUGAUAUGGGUAUUGAUUCCAACCACAAGACACUCAAGAACGGAUCAUGCAAACAACACCAUUGCUCUUAUUGUGCUCCUUCAAUAUGUUCCAAGGUUGUUUAUUAUCUUCCCUCUUAACUCAAAGAUCAUCAAAUCCAAUGGAAUAAUUGCCAAAACAGCUUGGGCUGGUGCUGUAUACAAUCUCCUUCUCUAUGUCCUCGCCAGUCAUGUAUUGGGAGCAAUAUGGUAUCUGUGUUCAAUAGCGAGGCAAUUCUCGUGUUGGAAAGAGGAAUGCGCGAAGGAGAAUGCCUUGAAGGUGAUUGCUUGCAUCCCAAGUUUCCUGGAUUGCAAUAGCUUGGUGAAACCGGAGAGGGAAUAUUGGGCGAAUGUGACCAACGUGCUCAACAACUGCGAUGCCUCCAACGAAGAGACUGAUUUCAAAUUUGGAAUGUUUGCAGCUGCCUUCACUACUGACGUUGCUUCCAAAAACUUUGUUAUCAAGUACUUGUACUGCCUUUGGUGGGGUAUCAGAAAUUUAAGUUCAUAUGGGCAAAAUUUGGAGACAACCAUAUAUAUUUGGGAGAAUGUUUUCGCAAUUGCCAUAUGUUUAUUAGGAUUGGUUCUGUUCGCACUCUUGAUUGGCAACAUGCAGACAUCAUUGCAAUCAAUGACUGUAAGGAUUGAGGAGUGGAGACUUAAACGAAGGGAUACAGAGGAGUGGAUGAGGCAUCGUCAGUUACCUGAAGAUUUGCAAGAACGUGUUCGACGAUUUGUUCAAUACAAAUGGCUAGCCACUCGAGGUGUCGAUGAAGAGUUUAUAUUGCAAUCUUUGCCGUUGGAUCUCCGCCGCGAAAUUCAACGCCACUUGUGCCUUUCUCUUGUUCGCCGUGUUCCUUUCUUCGCACAAAUGGAUGACCAACUUUUGGACGCGAUGUGUGAGCGCCUAGUCUCGUCGUUGAGUACCGAGGGCAAUUACAUCGUCCGAGAAGGAGAACCGGUCAAUGAGAUGCUCUUCAUCAUCCGAGGCCAACUUGAGAGCUCCACGACUGGUGGAGGAAGAACCGGCUUCUUCAACUCCAUCACCCUCCGGCCGGGUGAUUUUUGUGGUGAAGAGCUUCUCACAUGGGCUCUAAUGCCCAACUCCACCCUCAACCUGCCCCUCUCAACUCGAACCGUCCAAGCAGUUUCGGAAGUUGAAGCUUUUGCACUCCAAGCCGAUGACCUCCAGUUCUUCGCACAUCAAUUCAAAAGGCUUCAAAGCAAGAAGCUCCAGCACGCAUUCCGAUACUAUUCUCAUCAAUGGCGAACGUGGGGCGCAUGUUUCAUACAAGCUGCUUGGAGAAGGUUUAAGAAGAGGAAGAUGGCGAAAGAGUUGAUUAAAAGAGAGAACAGUUUCUAUUACAGGACAUUGGGUGAUCAAGAUGAUUAUCAUUACGACAUUGAUGAUAUGGAAGAAGGGUUACUGGACCAUGAAGAUUACAUUGACGGAAUAUCAUCAUCAUCCAUGGAUAAUCAACAAAAUUUUCAACUUGGGGCAACCAUUUUAGCUUCAAAGUUUGCUAAAAACACUAAAAAAGGAUCUAAAGUUCCUUUGAUUGAUUCCUCUGCUGAUAGUUUAAAGAUGCCCAAGUUGUUUAAACCAGACGAGCCUGAUUUCUCGGUAGACCAUAUUGAAAAUGUUUAG